AUGAGCGAUGGAGAACCUAUCAUUAUCAAAGAAAAAGGUGCCACAGCUUGGGUAGACGGCUGCAAUUUGCUUGGACCGGUGGUUGGAAAUUUUUGCAUGAAACUGGCAGUACAAAAAGGAAUGGCAUUCACGAACACCUCGCCCUGUGUCUUUCCGACUAAUUCAGCAGAGAAGAGCCUCGGAUCCAAUCCGAUUUGUCUCGCAGCACCAGCAGCCAAUGGAGACUCAUUCUUCCUCGACAUGGCAUCAACGACGGUCGCCUACGGAAAGAUAGAAGUGGUAGACCGUCGUGGUGGCAAACGAAUUCCGCGUGGAUGGGGAGCUGACGCCGACGGUAUUGAAACCCAGGAUCCGAAAGAAGUGCUCAACGGCGGAGGGCUACAACCAUUGGGUGGAGCAGAAACCUCAGGUGGUUAUAAAGGCACUGGCCUCUGUAUGAUGGUAGAAGUUCUGUGCGGUAUCAUGUCUGGAUCAUCCUUUGGAAAAUCGAUCCGAAAAUGGCAGACCACUGACGAGACAGCCAAUUUGGGGCAAUGCUUUGUUGCGAUCGAUCCGGAAUGCUUUGCUCCAGGAUUCUGCGAUCGACUCAGUUGUUUCCUGGAUGAGACGAGGGACUUGAAGCCGAUCGAUCCUUCUUACCCCGUGCAAGUAGCUGGUGAUCCUGAGCGAGCUCAUAUGUGCAUGUGCGACGAACUCGAUGGAAUCGUCUACAAGAAAAGCCAACUCGAACAUCUAGAGAAGCUAGCCAACGAUCUCGGAGUGCAAAUGUUCAAAGCGAAGAAAAUAUGCUCAUCCCUAGAGGUCGACAGUCAGGGCAGAAUUGCAUUGGAAGCCUGA